GGGGAGGGCGGCCGCCGGGCCCCGGCCUCACAUGACUGCCGCCGCGAUGGACGGCGAACCGCCCGCAGGCACCGCGGGCGCCGGCACAGGACUGAUGUAAUAUAUUUGGAUAUUGAACAGCAGCCUUUGUGGAAAAAAUGUCGUACUGUACCAAAGAGAGAGCUUGUUCAGAUUUGGCAAAGCCUCCAGUAAAUGAACCGAGGGAACCAGAACAGUUUCUAAUGCAGGCGCCCCAGGGAAAUCCACUGCUGCUUUCCCACACCCUACAAGAGCUAUUGAGCAAGGAUAGUGUGCAGGUGGAGCUUAUACCUGAGAAGAAGGGCCUUUUUCUGAAACAUGUGGAAUACGAGGUUUCCAGCAAGAGAUUCAAAUGCUCAGUCUACAGGCGAUAUAAUGAUUUUGUGGUGUUCCAUGAGAUGCUGCUUCAGAAGUUCCCAUAUCGUAUGGUGCCAGCACUUCCACCAAAGAGGAUGCUGGGAGCUGAUCGAGAAUUCAUAGAAUCUAGGAGGAGAGCACUGAAGCGUUUUAUAAACCUGGUGGCUCGACAUCCCCCUUUCUCAGAAGAUGUGCUCUUGAAACUCUUUCUGUCGUUCAGUGGCUCAGAUGUACAGAAUAAGCUAAGAGAGUUGGUCCAGGGAGUAGGAGAUGAAUUUAUGACCUGCAGAUUAGCUACCCAGGCCAAGGACUUCCUUCCAGCUGACAUACAGGCCCAGUUUGCUGCCAGCAGGGAGCUCAUCAGAAAUAUUUAUAAUAGCUUUUAUAAGCUUCGGGACCGUGCAGAGAGGAUAGCUUCUCGAGCCAUUGAUAAUGCCUCAGAUCUCCUCAUAUUUGGAAAGGAGCUAAGUGCUUUGGGCUCAGACACUACACCGCUUCCUUCCUGGGCUGCUUUGAAUAAUAGCGCAUGGGGGACUCUGAAACAAGCCUUGAAGGGUCUGUCGGUUGAAUUUGCACUUCUGGCAGAUAAGGCUGUGCAGCAGGGUAAACAGGAAGAGAAUGAUGUGGUGGAGAAGCUGAACCUUUUCCUGGAUUUACUCCAGUCCUAUAAAGACCUGUGUGAAAGACAUGAGAAGGGAGUAUUGCACAAGCACCAGCGAGCAUUGCAUAAGUACAGCAUGAUGAAGAAGCAGAUGAUGAGUGCCACUGUGCAGAACAAAGAACCAGAAUCGGUGGAGCAAUUGGAGUCUCGGAUUGUGGAGCAAGAAAAUGCUAUCCUAACCAUGGAGCUGCGGAAUUACUUCUCUCUGUAUUGCCUGCAUCAGGAGACACAGCUUAUCCACAUCUAUCUGCCUCUCACGUCUCACAUUUUGGGGGCCUUUGUCAACUCCCAGAUCCAGGGUCACAAAGAGAUGAGUAAAGUUUGGAAUGAAUUGAAGCCGAAGUUGAGCUGCCUUUUUGUGGGAUCUAGCAAUAUGCCAACUCCACCAUUGUCACCUCCAGAGGGAAACUUCUUCUCCAAUUAAUGCUCUGAGCAUCUAGCAUGGAGCAAGAAGUGCAAUCAAGGAAGGGGUGGGACCUCUACCUCCAGAUGUUAGAAUGAAUCCUCCAAACAGCUAUUUUUUUUUUAUUUUUUAAUUCCGCUGCUUUGAGCUGCUCUCUGAUUUAGAUGGACUGGAUAUGGGGCAGAACAUACAGAUACAAAGACAAUCUCUUAAUUUUGAAAUGCUCUGGGGCAGAGCUGAUGUUCAUUAUCCUGCAGACACUCUUCGUGGGGUCAGGGUGUGACCUGGUGCAGUGAGUGCUGCAGUGUUGUUGCUGAUGCCUCUGCAUCUUGUACUAACAGUCCUCCAGUAAUGUUUAUCUGCACACAUGCUGACACAUCUCUGCGCACCUCUGAAGUGCUGAGAUGAACAGGAUAUGUGAAGCACUGGCUUGUGAUAGAGAUGGAUUGCCUUUUAAGCUUGGGAGGGCCUGUGUUAGGGGCAUAUGUGCAUAAGGAAAGCUGAAAGCUGUCCCAUUGAUAGGUGUCUGGAUUUGAUUUCUUACUGGUAAACUUUAGCACAAAAUAUGUGAAUGAAGUGGUUGGAGUCACUAACCCAGCUGGGUAGGGGUUAGUGCUGCUGCGUGACAGUAAUUUUCCCGGUGAGGCUAGGCAGACUGUAUCGUCACUGUGUUUCAGUUCACGGUUGCAGGGCAGCCUAGGGACUUGCUCAUACUUUUCAGUUUGGGGCCAAAGACCAACUGGGUUCAGGAACUCCUCUGAGUUUGCCUGGCAUAAAUGAGAACAUAAUUGAAUAAAACACUCCUUAAUUGUAAACCACUCAUAUGAGCAGAACAGCUACAAGGUAGCUUGUUUAUUUUCUUCUGGAGGUUCUGACAUCAAUCUGUUUAGUAGCUGUUUAGGACUAUUGGAGAGCUGCUGACCCAAAGGCUGGUGUUUUCUUUGGUCUAAUAUCAGAGUAUCCUGUUACACCAGCAGGCUGGGACACAAGGUUGAUAAAGUUCAUUAGCAAAAAAAAUCAGUAUUUAUCAGGAUGUUACUGUCAUUUUUUUUUUUUUCUGGCUGUGGGUAGCAUUGGAGUGUGUUUGUGAAGGAGAGAAGACAAAUAAGUGACAGUUCUCUAUCUCUCAAAAAAUAGCACAGUGCUUGGUAAUGGGGUUUUCAGAAUGAUUUGUGAUUGUGAUAAAGGGACUAAACAUU